UAAGACGUAAGAUAGCCCAUUUAACGCCGUCUGCCACUUGAGUUUCAUUCAGACAACCAACUACCAGUCUGCCCAUGGCAGCCGCAGUACAAAUCAGAGGAGGGAAUCCCCAGGUCUCGCCUCAUAACUGAUCAAUUUGCAUCACAGUUGCAGCGUUCACAGGCAUGGCACUGUCCUAGCGCAGUGGGGAAGACGGCGUGACAAGACCGGGAACAUUUACAAAUCGCCUGUGCAUUUUUCAUGCAGUAGAAUAUCUGAGGAUCGUCAAGUGAAAAUAAAACAAUUUCCAUUUAUGAGGUGCGUUUUUUCAACCAGGCAAAACAAGGGCAGCCACCAAGUGACUUCGAUAUGGCAUUAAGCGGAACGCUUUUACCAUCCAUAUCUACAUUUGCAAGUGGCACCACCAGCAAAAUGAAAUCAACGGGACCAAUGAGUUCACGAUGGAAAGAGGAACUCUCCCACCUUAGGAGAUCCUGUGUGCCUACAGGUGGUGGUUGUCCAGAACAGGAACUCACCACUAGGAUGGCUAAGAAAGAGCCGGAGGACCUGGACCAACUGGAUUAUGAUUUUAUCCUCUCGAACAGCAUGCUGCAGCAGCAGCAGCAGCAGCAGCAACAGGAUGCCGAGGCCAGCGGCUCUGGAAACCGACCCCAUUCUCCGGGGCCCUACUCCUACCCGCUCCCCUCCCUGCAGGCCAAUGCCUGCGAAAUCCUAUACACCAUCCCCGAUAUAAGUGACGUGUCUCCCACAGGGGGCUUUGUGGCUGAGCUGAUGAGGCCCGACCUGGACCCUGCGUACCUGCAGCCCACCAACCUACAAGGGAAAUUUGUGGUGAAAACCACCAUGGACAUGGCAGACUACAACCAGGGCAUAAACAUUGGCAAGAGCAGCGCCGUCUUGACUUCGGCCUUCCCCAUUGCUCGCCAUCGGAUAAAGCAGGAGAACCCCGGCCCUUGUACCGUCACUCGACCGCAGGACCACCACCACGGGGUGGGCUCCCGCCCGGGGGCCAGCCAGCGCCUCCUGCUCGGCGCUCAAAGUUUCCCCCCGGGGCGGCCCGUGGCAGCCAGCCGGCCGGCCACAUCCCUCUCCACAGGAGACCUGCUGGGCGGAGACCAUCACCCCUCGCCUCAAGUUUUAAGUCGCCCUCCACUGCCUCUCUCCCAGGGCUACCACGCCUCCGCAGGCUACUCCCCCUACACCCAACCUCCACCCAUCCAGUACCAAGAGCUCAUGUCCCCGGCAGACUGUUUGACAGAGGAGUCCAAACCCAAAAGGGGGCGCCGCUCCUGGCCAAGGAAAAGGAUAGCCACCCACACAUGUGACUACGAAGGCUGUGGAAAGACCUACACCAAGAGCUCCCACCUCAAAGCACAUCACAGAACGCACACAGGAGAAAAGCCUUAUCACUGUGACUGGGAGGGUUGUGGCUGGAAGUUUGCCCGCUCCGACGAACUAACACGCCACUACAGGAAACACACUGGCCAUCGCCCCUUCCAGUGUCAGAAAUGUGACCGGGCCUUCUCAAGGUCAGACCAUCUCGCCCUGCAUAUGAAACGCCACUUAUGAGACCUGACAGAAUUAAGGAAAGUGGCAAAAAAAGAACAAAUCUGUGGCCUUACACCACAUACUGCCUUCGAACAGAUGUGCCAAAUGACCAGCUAUGUUGUCCAUGGUAAAGAACUUCGAACAAAGGUUGAACUUUUCAGGUGUUUCCGUCGUCUUCCAAUGGACUGGAUAUUUAUAGAAAUCUAUUGCAUAAAAUUUUUUUGGGGACUAAACUGGAAUUCUAACUUAUACAUGACAAAACUUGGAGGACCAGGUGCCAAAGUAUGACUGGAAAUGCAUGAUUAUCAGGGAAAAAUUAAAUGAACGAUGAGCAUGAAAAUGACUCCAUGAAAUAUGGCUUUCAAGCAGAAACAUUCCAUUUGUCUUCAUAAGAACACACUGUUCAACAUUGUAUUAUACAUAUAUUUUUAUAAUGCUUUUGCAAGCCAUUGAAUUCAGGUACAAAAUAAUUUAUAGUUUGUAACAGGAUGGUGCUCAGAGACUUAGAUGUAUUUAAAGGUACCAAAAGGAAAAACAAAAAUUCAAACGUUUUCUUGUGCCAUAUGUUUUUUCUUUGUUUCUUUGAAACUGGUCUUCCUUGUGCUUGACUUGGUUCUGGUGAACAUGAUGUCCCUUAUUAAUGGUGAUGGCAAUUUUCAAUGCACUGUGAUUGCAAAGUGCAAUAAUGUCUAGUUAUAAAUAAAAACACUAAUUCUUUAAAGAAUGUAUUUUUUUCUAGACUAAUUCUGUAAUAUUAUCCAUUUCAUUUUGUACAUUUGUAAAUAAAACAUUUUCUUAAAUUUGAUAUAUUAUGUAUUCUUGCAAAAUAUUGAAAUAAAAACAAAUUAAAAAACA